UGCGAAGCAUGUGGCAAGACAUUCAUUUCAAAAUGCACUUUAAACAAUCAUCUAAGAACUUCGAUUGAUUCUAAACAAAUAUCUUUCUCCUGUGCUGAUUGUAACAUAAGUUUCUCACAGAUGAGAGAUCUAAAGCAGCACAAAAAUGAAUUCCACAGUAAUCGAUCUUAUCUAUGUUACGAUUGUGAUACAGUCUUCGAAAGUCGGGGUAACUUGAAUCUUCAUAACAUUUAUCAUCAUCGCAUUCACAGGUGCUCGACGUGUUCUGUCGGAUUUCCAGGCAGACUAGCCCUUACAAACCACGUUAAACAGCAUCACCCUGGUAUGCCCAUAUACAGGGCUGACAGUCGAUUUGUGUGUGAGUACUGCAGUCAUUCAUUCUCCAUCCGAUCUCAACUGAGUGACCACAUCCAGUCUGUCCACCUCGGACUUGUCAAUCAAUGUGAGGACUGUGGCAAAGUUCUCUCCACCUCUGAGACUCUCAAGGUCCACCGACUUAAACACAAACCAGAGAUGCAUCGUACGUGUGAGCACUGUGGUCGGCAGUUCUACAGAACUGGUAUGUUGACGGAGCACAUAAGGGCCUGCCACCCUGAGGCUCUGCCCGACGACUGGCGACGCCACACGACGUGUCCUUACUGCCAAUCACGCUUCACUAGACGCGAAAGUUUGAGGCGUCACAUUGAAGCCAAACAUGAGCCUAAGGUACUUUCGUGUUCGUUUUGCGACAGACAAUUUACGUGUAGGAGAUACCUGGUCAGACAUGAGAACAAACAU